AUGCAACACCGAGUUAGAUUCACAAACAAGGAGGGGACUGUUCUCUACUGCAAGCUUCUUCAGCCUGAUCUCACCAACUUCACAAAAAUCGAGAACAUCCGCUUCCUGCCUGCUCUGGAGUUCCUCUGCCGUGAUCCGCGAGCAGCACCUUCUGAUUUAGGGACCCAGUACGAUCUCGAUGACCUAGAUGACGCAGAGGUAGAAGCUGACAGCGCAAAUUAUCGCUGUUCGGUAGUUGACUCCCACUGCAAGAACAACAGCCUCAUGAAGAGGAUCCUUAGAAACAUCAUGGGCGGUUGCUUUGGAGGCCAGUCUGCGAAGACACCAGAGCAGGAACAUGAGCAGACACCACAGCACAGCCACCUUCCAGGCAAGGAACUAGCAACCACAGCUGCUACCGACGGAAGGCUUCCGCGGAACAGGAAGCGCGGAGGUCGCUCCGAGAGUGACGACUCGGCCUGA